AUGGACCGAAGAAAACGUAGUCAUAGUCUUUUGGAAAAGGCUCUUAAAGAAUCGGGAAUCUCUUUUAAAACCAAGGACGAUUUACAGUCGAAUGAAACGCGUAAGUGCUCUUCAACUGCGCCUGUAAUAUCACGACGUAUUACUGAAGAUGAAGAGAACUAUGACCCUGAGGAAGUUUUCGCAGCUCUUACAGAUACCAUGCAGCAUAUCCACAGUACGGACUUACUUUCGAAUGACGAUGCAGCAUCAGGAGUUUCUCACAGUAUGGACAUAUCUGCGAUUAAUGAUACCGUUCGAGAUAAUUGGCAGGUUUAUCUCGAUCCUUCGCAGACUGGAACAACAAGUCCUCGCAGUAUGGACUUACCUUCGAAUGAUGAUUCAGCUCCAGGAGUCCCUCGCAAUAUGGACUUACCUUCGAUUGACGAUUCAGCUCCAGGAGUCCCUCGCAGUUUGGACUUACCUUCGAAUUAUGAUCCUGCUCCAGAAGUCCCUCGCAAUAUGGACUUACCUUCGAUUGACGAUCCAGCUCCAGGAGUCUCUCGCAGUCUGGACUUACCUUCGAAUGAUGAUCCUGCUCCAGAAGUCCCUCGCAAUAUGGACUUACCUUCGAUUGACGAUCCAGCUCCAGGAGUCUCUCGCAGUGUGGACUUACCUUCGAAUGAUGAUCCUGCUCCAGAAGUCCCUCACAAUAUGGACUUGCCUUCGAUUGACGAUCCAGCUCCAGGAGUCUCUCGCAAUAAGGAGUUACCUCCAAGGGAUAAGGCUGCUCUAGGUGUAAGUACUCGUAAACGAAAAGCCAAAACAAGUAUCCGAUAUGUUGAUUACAUGUCUGAUGAAGAUUUUUCCACUUUAUUCUGUCUUGGUGCCAUGCAGCUACGUUAG